UAAAAAAUCAAAGCCGUAAAACUAAAACUAUUUGCCAGCAAACAACUGCAAAUUGCCAAAAAAUUCUACCCACCCUAAAUGAACUCUACAAAAUGUUUCUGCGUCGCGCCAUACAAGUCUCCACAGUGCUAAUCUAUUGGUUAGUCAUUGUGCCGGUAAUUUCGAAAUAUUUGGAGGACAUCAAAUGGAUGCGUCGCAACAAAUGGACGCGUAAGAAAUUGGGCUUUUACGGCAUUGCCGCCUUCGCCUUCAUCUUCGUCUACUUCCUUUGCAUGUACGCGUAUACGUUGUGCAAGCGUUGGGAGCGUAAAAUCCUAACGGACAUGAAACAGUCCGUCUCAAAGGCGGCCGAGUCGGAGGUACCCUCCGCAGCCACGUCAAUGGCUACCGUCGCCGAAUUGGAGCCACUCGAACGCAAACGGCCGACGCGUCCGGUGAUUUUACCAGCGCCACCUGCACACAGUGCCAGCGCACAUUUACUCAUGAAGGAGCAACAAUUGCAGGAGCAGCAGCAGCAGCAGCAACAACAACGACCAACUGGUGCGCGCAAUAAAGUGAAUAUUCUGCGUUCGGCGCCCAAAAUACCCACGGUGCACCGUUUGCCGCCGUUGGCGCCAUUGCAGGAGCAACCGUACGGUAGCGAGUUGGAGGCGAAGAAUAAGCGCAUAAGUCGCACGGAAAGAUUGACAACAGAGUUAGCGGAUAUUUUGCGGCGUUAUUAUCGCAUGAGUACGGGUAACGGUGGCGGCAAAGCGCCCACAACGAUGGCGGAGCGUGUGUAAAAGACAAGAAAUAUUAGCUAGUUGCUUAGUAAAUUGGUCGUAUAGCUUUGGUUAUAAUAUAUUUAUGUAUUUUCGUUCAACUUGAAAUGGUAUUUUAGUGGAAAGCUUCGAAUUUAAGAGUUUGGAAGAUAAAACUUGGUUGUAAAAAUCCGUAAUGAUACUCUGCUGUGGUUAAUUUCUAUGUGUAGGUGUUGCAGUGGAGAAAAGAAAUCUCUUUAUAUUUGAAUAAGAUUGGUCUCAACUAACUAACUAACUAACGAUGAUAACUUUAUUUUCGAAAAACAGUUUGUGAAAGCUCGCAAUGAAAGUUUAGACGAUUGUGUCAAAAUCUCUUUACCUUUGAUGAAUAUUGGUCUCAACAAAAAUACGAUUAUUAUUACAAGUAGUUAAGACUGCAGCGAUGAUAGUAUUCUUUUCGAAAAAUUAUAAGUGAAAGCUCAAAACGAAAGUUUAGACGGUUAUGCCAAAUUAUGUAAGAGACGUCCACAUUUGACAAAAAUUGGUCAACACAAAUGGUACCAAUAUUGCAAGUAAAUACAUGUAGCUAUAAUUUGCGUUCUGCAGAUUGAUUUGUGAAAGCUCGAAAUGAAAGCUUCGAUGGUUCUGGAGAGUUUUUUAAAUGACUUCGAGAAAUGAAAACAGAAAUUACAACUAUUUAAGAAUAUUCAAUCGAUCAUUUUUUUUCGAAAACCGAUUUGUGAAAGCUCAUAAUGAAAGCAUCGGCGUUUUUGGGAAAUUUUGUAAGGAAUUUUCAGAAGAAAUAUUUUUUGCUUGACGAAUAACGAUCGAAAAACAAUUUGUGAAAGUUUUAAAUCAAAGCUUUGAUGAAGUUUCUCAGUAAAAGAAGUGAAAAAUGAAACAAAAAAUCAAGCGAUAUUUAUAAAUAAUAAAUAUGAUGAAAGAUUUCUUAAUACAUGACAUAUAAUUUGGGUGGAGUUCAGAAGAAUUUUUAAUAAUUAAAGUAAUAAUAAUGUGUUAUUAUAAGCUAAAGUUCAAACUUUAAGUGCUAUGGUUUCAAAAAAGUAACAAAUGAAUUUAAGAAAUUGUAAACUUUAAUAUAAACAAUGAGUGUUAAAAAAACAGAUCAUUAUUUUCCAAAGAACACAAAUUUCAUACAAAAAAUGUAUAUAUACAUAAAGUUAUUGACUAAAAUUAACAACUUGGCUGUGUAUGAAAAUGAAAGCUCCUGCGUAAGCUUUAACCUGUAAUAAAAUAAUAAUAAAAUUUUGCAAAUACUGCUCAAAGUAAGAAGAAGCUUUCAAUUAAUGAUUACUCCAGUGAAAGCUCCACUGGUCAUACUAAUGAAAGCUCCGAAGAAAGCACUGAGCUAAGAAGUUUAUUUAAAUUAAAUUUAAAUUGUAUAUAUUGUAUAAAUAUCGAAGUGUGUUUCUUGUACGAAAGCCAAGCCGCCUGUGUUAAUAUAAUUUACUUUUAAUUAUAUAUUUUAUAUUUGAAAUUUGCUCUCAAUUUUCCUAGAAUAUGAUCAAAAUGAAUUCAGUAUAAAUUUUAUUUUUUAUUUUGCUAAUUUUCUUGAAGUUUUCUUGAGCUAACAUUGAAAGGAAUAAUAUUUUAAAGAGUACUAACAAGGUAGAGAUCGUGCAAAAAGUCUUUGAGAAAAAAAUUUUGAAAAAUUUUCAGAAUUAAAUACAAAUUUUUUAAAGCUAAAGAAAUUAUACCUUACUUUUUUUGGUCGUUUUUUUUACAAAUAUUAUAUUUUUAACUAUAAUUAUAACUACAAUUAUAACAUAACUAUAACUUUUCCCUUCUUCUGCACUGCCAAACAUCACUUUUUACUAGAAAUAACUUUUUUUUAUUUGCAACGUUUAUUUAUUUCAAUUCUUAUUUUGGCUUGCUGUUCAUUAGCAUUUGACGUUUUUGUGUUGUAGACAUGUUAAUUUGCACGUCUUCGCAUUGGCCACACUUGAUUUGGGUAUUCAUUAAUAUUGUACAACACAUGUAGAUAUGCAGAUAGGGAUAUCCUUUUUCGGUGAACAACGUCAAAAUCGUUUAAGCAAUGAAAUGAUAAUAAAAAUAAAGCGCUUUAAUGGCAAAUAGCAAUAAGAAUUAUUCAAUUAUUCCAAAGGUUAAUUUGAAAUAUAAGUGAGGUAUCUCAAAAUAAGUCGGCGAAUAUAUUUAUAAGAGAUGUUGCAGUUAGCGUGGCUGAGAACAUUUUUAGAAAAAUUUAAUAAUGAAAGUAUAAAGCCUUUUGUGAUUUGUGUAGAGACAAAUAUUUUAAAAUAAAAACAUGGAAAUUCUAUAAAUAAUUGA